AAAAGAGAGAUACCCUCAAAGAAAAAGAAAAUUAAAGAGAAGAAAAGCUGGAAAAAGAAGGGAAAAAAAAAUCACCACCUCAUUUUGCUAUGUUUGCUCUGCUGUUCACUCAACUCUUCCUUUUUUUCAUUAUUCUCAUCUCUUACAUAGAUUUUCAUCACAGGACUUCUCACUAUUAUGUGCUUGCCUUCCAGAUCAUCGUCCCGCAUUGCCAGUUCUGCUUACGAAAACCGGUAACUAUUUGCUUCUUCUCUAUCUCACAAUAGCAUCAUUUUGUUUAACUGAAAUGUCAAUUGCAUAGAAUCCAGCAAGAAAAAUUGUGGGUUUAGAGUCUUAAAUCGAUUGGAGUAGUUGACAUGGGAUCUCUGGAGAGCCCAAAAACCUGGAUACCUUACAAUUAUGCAAACAGUAAAGACUGUUCUCAAGGCUUUUGCAGCAUCUACUGCCCACAGUGGUGCUACAUCACCUUCCCUCCUCCACCUCCAAUUGAAUUCCCAGAUGAUGAUUCAAGCCCAACUUUUUCACCUCUUGUGAUCGCGAUCAUCGGCAUCUUAGCAAGUGCUUUUCUUCUGGUGAGUUACUACACUAUCAUUUCUAAGUACUGUGGAGACAGGGGCCGUACAAGAAGAGAAAAUGAGGGAGAAAGUGAGGGAUUGGGAGAGAGUCACAACCCGUCAAUUCAUGAGCCAUGGCAUGCUCCAACUUCCGGGUUAGAUGAGUCCCUGAUCAAGUCAAUUACUGUCUGUAAGUACAAAAAGGGAGAUGGGUUGAUUGAAGGCACAGAUUGUUCUGUUUGUUUAAGUGAAUUUGAGGAAGAUGAGAGUGUUAGGCUGUUACCCAAGUGUAGUCAUGCCUUCCAUGUCCCCUGCAUUGAUACUUGGCUUAAAUCACAUUCCAAUUGCCCUCUUUGUCGCGCGAAUAUAGUACUAAUCGGUGCUUCAUCAUCUCCGUUAACUACUACUCAAGCACGAGAUACUCGCUCAACUCAGUCACAAGUGAUUGAAAAUGUAGCUGCUGAUGCAGAAAAUGCAGAGAGUGUUGUUGGCGAAGUGGCAAUGAUGCAAUGUGAGGCACCAAGGACUCACACCAUAAUUGAAAUCGACGGAGGAUACCAACAUCAACAUAUGAGGAGGUCUGUUUCAAUGAAUCAUUGUGUUUCGAUUGCCGAUUUCUUGCGCGUGGACCAGGAGAACAAUGAUCAUGUUGAAGAGUGUUAUGGAGAUGGUGCAACUGCUGGUUCUUCUAAACAACAAGAAGAGGAAGUAAGCAGCAAGAGUAGCCAGAAAAGAAGGAUUGGUUCCAUGAAGAGAUCAGUUUCAAGUGGAAGAUUGCUUCUUGCUAGGAAUGGUUGGAGAGUAAGAGACACAAUUACUCCUGUCUGAAUAUUAAUUUUGAUUUAUAUGGGGAUUAACUUCACAUUAAUAUAUGCUUUUAUUUCAUUAAUAUAAGACUGAGAAUUCAAUUUCUCUUGAA